GGUGAGUCCUGCAAGGAGCACACCCGGCUGUCCACCUGCUGCAGAGAUGGUGCACGCAACCUCCCCGCUGCUGCUGCUGCUGCUGCUCAGCCUGGCUCUGGUGGCUCCCGGCCUCUCUGCCAGAAAGUGCUCGCUGACUGGGAAAUGGACCAACGAUCUGGGCUCCAACAUGACCAUCGGGGCUGUGAACAGCAGAGGUGAAUUCACAGGCACCUACAUCACAGCCGUAACAGCCACAUCAAAUGAGAUCAAAGAGUCACCACUGCAUGGGACACAAAACACCAUCAACAAGAGGACCCAGCCCACCUUUGGCUUCACCGUCAAUUGGAAGUUUUCAGAGUCCACCACUGUCUUCACGGGCCAGUGCUUCAUAGACAGGAAUGGGAAGGAGGUCCUGAAGACCAUGUGGCUGCUGCGGUCAAGUGUUAAUGACAUUGGUGAUGACUGGAAAGCUACCAGGGUCGGCAUCAACAUCUUCACUCGCCUGCGCACACAGAAGGAGUGAGGAUGGCCCCGCAAAGCCAGCAACAAUGCCGGAGUGCUGACACUGCUUGUGAUAUUCCUCCCAAUAAAGCUUUGCCUCAGACACA